AUGACCUUAUCAAUUUUCAGCCGCAGCUCUGCCCCUGGAGGCACCCAGGGGAGCACGUUGCUCGAGAUAACACUGGAAUUAGAGAUGAAGUUGAAGAAUUCGGAUGAAUUCAAUUUGCGUGGCAGCUUGGCAUCCAUGACUGUGGGAAAAAAACUGGAGAGGAUGGCACAGAGCGUCAGUAUAGAAGACUGGAAAGCAUUUGGAUUGUAUCAAGAAAGGAAGUGUGUCAUCAUGAAGGAGAAGGGGAAGGAGUAUUCAGCAACUGAGUUCAUCCUCAUUGAUGACUCAUCAUUGCUGGGGGAUGUCGUGGCCGAUCUACAAAGGGCUGAGGAGAAGUGGAACCGGCCCGUAGAAAAAAGCCUACUUUACCACCGCAGGUUUUCAUCUGGCGAGUCCGGUAACUUGAGAAAAGACCCUGUUUACCUUUUUCUCCGCUAA